AGUUAUUGUUGCUAACUUGACCAGUUCAGCACCUGUUCUAUAGCUGUCAGUCUGCGGGGCGAUGCUGGCCGUCUGAAUCCGAACUGAACGCACACAGACGGGAUCUCUGUGGAUUAUUGCUUCCAAUAAGACUGGAUACCCAGAACCAUGGUGACCAAGAAGGUCAGGACAGAAUAUAUGAAGAAGUUCAGGGAUCCCAAAUGGGAGACGUUCUCUAAAUGCUACGAGGAUUCUCUGAAAUACCGCCUGACCCGGCGAGUGAUGGAGCAUUCCCACAAGCCGUGGAUCUGGGAGGGCUGGGAGACGGCUUCCAACUCCAGCGGCUGGUCCACUCCGAGACUGUCCAGAAACAAGGUCGCUCCUCUGUCGCUGCCGCCGCCACCGCCGCUGCCACCCGCGUGCUCAGAGGUCAAACAGAAGCUGAUGGAGGUGAAGACCAGUCUUGAUUUGAAGCCAGAGGUCAAACAGACUGAAGAGGAAACGGGAGAAACUCCUGUUGUAGACGUUGCACCAACAGCAGAUGUUUUAGAAAAUGGCCUAAACGGGCCUGGGACAGUUUCAGCAUCCAUACCUCCAGACACCAGCGGCCCCUCAGACGACACGGCGACAGACAACAGGCCCGACAGUUCGGAUUCAUCUGACGAGAAGCCGGUGAACCCAGCACCGAGACGACGCCACCGCUGCCGCACCCCUCGCUCUGUACCGGUGCAGCAGGACAGUUCCCUGGAAAAAAAACUAGUUGUGGUCCAAAAGCCACCGAGAGCCAAGAGCCAACCGGCAAUAAGCAGCAAGGCGAACCGCAGACCGUCCAGCAGGAUGGACUGGACCGAGAGACAACCAGAGAGCAACAUGUCUGCCGCCGGCGUCCAGACGCAGCCCGACAGACGCAGCUCCAAUCUGGACCGUCGACGAGCCCGGUCGGCCGACCUGGAAAAGACGCGGCGGUCCCAGCUAACGAUGGCUGCUGCUGACGACCGCUGGAUGACAGAAUACAUGCGGUGCUUUUCUGCCCGGCUCAGGUAGAGGCCGGAUCCAUAAAGAACCCGCGUUUACCCAGCAGCGGACGAACAUGAGGAGCUGCAGACUGUUCAGCUGAUUGAGCAACAGGCUGGGCAGCAGGUUGACUCGGUGGUGAAGAAGUUAGCAGGAGAAACUAAAAUUAUUCAAACCCCUGGCAAAAUACAUAAAAGAUACCAAAAGUUCCUUCUAACUGGAAGCAACGUUAGCAGAGCGUCCUCUCAUCCUUAAAUUCAUUAAUCGCGGGUCUUAAAUUUUGUCUUGACAGGACUAUUCAAUCGCAAUAUAUGUGGUUUAUUUUUCUUCUAUCAAAUAAAUGUUUGAGUUGCACAGACAUUUUUAUUCUAUUCUGACUGUAGGCGUUGAGUAAUAAUAAGCUAGCUUAUUACUAGC